AUGUGUGUUGCCACCGACGUCGUGCGCACCAUCUGUGGGCACGAGGACGACAAGGCGCUCGCCAUCGUGCUCUGCAAGGACAGGGCAUGCAAGAGCCACUCCAACGUGCUAAAGUUGGCUCCCGGAUGGUGCUCCUCGUGCAGGGAGGCCUUGCAGGAAACGUACUCCGAGACCCAGCUCCGGCGGCACGCGACGGCGCGGCGGGCGUGGGCGCUUGUGGUGCGAAGCAAGGAGGCGGAAAUGCCCAAGCCCAUGCUUCCGUCAAAGCUGACCAAGAUUCGCGAGGCAACGGUCAAGGGCGACUUACAGGCUAAAGCCGAUCAAGUGUGGGAGACGAAACUGCUGGCCAAGGUGGCCGAGUAUUCGGAUCGCCAGAUGGUCAUGGGCGACAAGAAAUGGGACGCCACCGGCAAGGACAAGGCAAGGCAGAGGGAGGUGAUGGAAGAGGCUCGAGCCAUGACGAUGAGGUGGGUGCAAUAA